AUUCUCCUUGUAUGUGUGUUUUGGCGGCUGUGAUGUCAAGAGAAAGAGGCGUGGCAACUUUGGAGGCAGGUAGAUAAAGGAUUCAAACUAAACAGGAUUCCCCAGUUCUGAGAGUGGAGCAGCAGCGGAAACACAAGUCAGCAGACAGGAGAGAAAAACAACAAUGGGGGCAGUUUGCUACCUAAUUGAUGUUUUUAGCACUCUGUUGCCCAGCUGGAGAUACACAUGCUAGCUCAAUGGGGAAAAGAUAAUGACAUGGAUCUUGGAACUUCCCAAAAAACCCUUAACAGGAUGUUGGGCAACUCUUAUGAGGCUGACCUGCCAUCUGAUCAUAGUGCAACCCUUUGCAACGGUGAGCAGAGCAACUUUCUGACCCACACUGAUGUGAUCAAGCGUUCUCAACCUCUGUUCAUCGAAGCAAAUAGAAAAAUGAAGGAGGAAAAAUCUCAUACCUUAUCUUUGCCUUCUAUCCCAAACCCUUUUCCGGAACUCUGUAGUCCCUCAAACUCACCUAUCCUCACCAGCUCCACACUGGGGCCAGGAUCACAGCAUGAAGGUGGCUCUCAUGUAGUAAAAGUUUACAGUGAAGAUCGCACUUGCUGUUCUUUGGAAGUCACAGCAGGGACCACAGCCCGUCAUGUUUGUGAGAUGCUGGUGCAGAAAACCCAUUCUUUGCAUGAUGACUGCUGGUCUCUGGUAGAGGUCUAUCAUCACUUAUCCCUGGAGCGGAUCUUAGAAGACCAUGAGUCCGUGGUAGAGGUUCAGGCCACAUGGCCUGUGGGUGGUGACAGUCGGUUUGUCUUCCGGAAGAAUUAUGCUAAAUAUGAGCUGUUCAAGAGCUCACCAAAUGUUCUAAAUUCAGGAAGCUGCCCUGAAAUCCAAGGAUUCCUGCAUCUGAAGGAAGUUGGGCGCAAAGCCUGGAAAAGAUUUUACUUUUCUCUGCGCCGUUCUGGGCUCUAUUACUCAACAAAAGGCAUGUCAAAAGACCCCCGGCAUUUACAGUAUUGUGUUGACAUAAAUGAAUCAGUCAUCUAUUAUAUAACCCAAGGCAAAAAACAAUAUAAUACACCCACCGAGUAUGGCUUUUGUAUCAAGCCACAUAAGGCACGUAGUGGACUCAAAGGACUGAAGCUCUUUUGCUGUGAAGAUGAACAAAGUCGCACAUGCUGGAUGGCUGCCUUUCGUCUCUUUAAGUAUGGUGUACAGCUCUAUAGAAACUACCAGCAAUGUCAGACACGCCAAAAGGAACCAUCUUGGUUUGGCACUGUGCCCCUGCGGAGCGUGUCUGAUAAUACCCUCGUGGCCAUGGACUUUUCGGGUUGUACAGGGCGCGUGAUUGAAAACCCCAAUGAAGCACUGACUGUAGCUCUGGAGGAAGCUCGGGCAUGGAGGAAGAAGACAUCACAGCGAUACAGCUUGCCCACUGCAUUCCAGAGUUGUCCAUUCAGUGCUGCCAUCCACAAAACUCAACCCUGGUUCCAUGGUCACAUUUCUAGAGAAGAUACCCAGCGCCUUAUAGUUCAACAAGGAGUUGUGGAUGGGUUAUUCCUGGUGCGUGAAAGCCAGCGGAAUCCCAAAGGCUUUGUCUUGUCCCUUAGUCAUACGCAAAAAGUGAAGCACUAUCUGAUACUUCCGUGUGAAGAAGAAGGACGCCUGUACUAUACUAUGGAUGAUGGCCAGACACGUUUUGCUGACUUGAUUCAACUAGUGGAAUUUCACCAAAUCAACCGUGGCAUCCUGCCUUGCAAGCUGAAGCACUAUUGCACAUGUGUUGCCUUAUGAUAAACCGUCAUCCAUUGGCCAUUCCUGGGCCCCGAAUUACCAUUGGCUAAGGCUUAUAUGUAGGUCCUUUUGAAAUGGAUACAUCAGGACCUACUUCAGACUUUCAACCUCUCUGUCACCUUGCCUUCAGCCAAUCCUAUAAGAAACAAAGAAAAGAACAGUAUUUGAACCUUCCCAUAAGGCUACUGAUCAGUAAGCCUUCAGUUGUUGUUGUUUUUUUCUCCAGAAUCAAAGAAGGAUUUCAGGUCACAGUAUAGUAGUUUAGUUUGGAAACAGUCACAACGUUGUUGGCUGGUGCCUUUUUUUUCAUAUGACAUUUUUUUACCUCUUGAGUGCCCUUCUGUAUGUUUUAAUACAGACUUUGCUUUUUCACCAUGUUACAGAAAUUUUGCUACAUUGAUCAUUUAAUCUUUCUAAUGUGAUUGCCAAUUUCCAAUUGUCUGGAUGGUAUAUGCCAGACUUAUGCAUUGUUUCAAAAUCCUAACUGACUAGAAAAAAUAGUAAGACGUAGGAAUUGAUUCGUAUUGCAAAUAAUUUUUUCUUAUUAGCUCUCUUAAGAACUAUUGUCUCGUUCUACCCAAGAUUCUAUGGGUGCUGUCACCUUUGUUAGAAAAGGAGUUCUUUUGUUGUUCAAUCUCUUCCCUAGCAUCAGUUUAUGAAAGUAAAUGCAAAAUGUUCAAGGAAUGGGCUACAAUGUUAUGAGGAUCUGAUAAGAAUCUUUGGGACUGUCCUGAAAGAAUCCACAGCAGGAAGGCUCACAUUAAGUCUAAAGACUACCCUGAAAUUUCUUGUGACUCUGUCAGAUCUGAGAACAAUGGGCUGCCUGGUAGGCAGAAUUGCCUUGGGCUCUUGAGAAUCUCAAAGCCCAUGAAUGCUUCUAAUUGUGAAUCCUACAGCAAGAAAAGAUUGAAAUGUUUUUGGUUAAGUUUAGUUAAUGUGACAGGUGAGACAUUGAGGUUUGAAGAAUUGUAUUUUUUUUUCCUCCUUGUGUUAAGGGCUUAAAAUAUUGUGGGAGCGAGAAGGGAUGAUUCAAGAAGGCUGUGACACUUUUAUUUCUGCUACUUUUUGAGGCCAGUAUAUAUUGUGAUGUUUUGUUGUUUGUAUGUGUAAAUGCUGGUAAUAAAUCUUAUUUUUUAUGAUA